GGGGCACACCCACUUAACCCCCUCGACUAGCUGGAAGGAGGCAUGGCGGAAAGAGAGAGGUUCGAGCGAGCUGCAGAAUACAUGAGGAACGCCUCGGGUCUGAGGCUCAGUAACGAGCAGAAACUCCAGCUCUACGGUUACUUCAAGCAGGUAAUCACCUUCCUCGUCAGUCGUUGCACCACGUGGCUUGACCUCUGAGGAAUCAUUGACUAGCUAGGCUGUUGCAUCCGUGGCUACAGCAUGUUCUGCAUACGUGAGUGUGUCAUUAUUCACAGGCCAAGGAGGGAGAAUGCACUACAACCAAACCCGGAUUUUUUGAUUUCACUGGAAGAGCAAAAUGGGAGGCGUGGCACUCUCUAGGAAGGAUGACAAAGGACGAAGCGGUGACACAGUACCUAGCGACUGUGUCUGCGAUAUCUCCAGAGUGGGAGACCGUCUCACCAACAGAGGAUGGAGGGGACGAGGAGGGAGAGGGAGGAGGGGGAGGAGUUGGACCAACAGUGAGCAGACUGGCAGACCAGGAGGAGGAGCUGGCAGAGGAGGAGAAGACGGUGUUUGACUGGUGUAAGGAGGGUCGCGAGGACCGGCUCCGCUCUCACCUCACUCCCAACAACAUCAACAACAGAGACAAUGAGGGAAUGACUCUGUUGCACUGGGCAUGUGACAGAGGCCGUCUCAACAUUGUGGAGUUGCUGGCCACCAGAGGAGCCGACAUCAACUCACAGGAUGAUGAUAAACAGACACCAUUGCACUAUGCAUCAUCAUGUGACCAGGUAGACGUGGUUACCUACCUCCUCUCUAAAGGGGCAGACCCUUCAAUCAAGGACUGCGACGACCUUACCCCCGCACAGGUCGCGGGAGACCCCAGCACAAGACAACUGUUCCACACCUUAUCUGACCAAUAAACUUCUCAUUUCACCACUACUAUUCUCAUCCACCAUCCAAUGCAAAGCAAACCCUUGAAUUUACACUUGAAAACAUGCCAAC